CAAAAAGAAGAAAACUUUUUAAAAGGAAAAGAGCUUUGAAUUCUCUGCCAGUCCAUCCAUACAAGCUAUAGACCAAUACAAGCAAGCUAUUAAAGGCUCUGGGCUUUCUCUUCCUUCUCUCUAUCUCCUCUAGUUCGCGCAGUGCUUAUAUUAGAGGCAGAUCUUGAUUAACUCUCAUAGGCUAUUGUUUUCAUCAAAUGGAUAAGAUAUUCCUUGCCUCAAUCUGUAUUCUCCACUUCUUCUUCACCGCCAAUUCUAUUGAGCUAGACCAAGAAGUCAUAGCUCAGCAAGAAGCUGAUCGUGUGGCAGAACUCCCCGGCCAGCCGCCGGUGAAGUUCCGGCAAUACUCUGGUUAUAUAACGGUUGAGGAGAGCCAUGGAAGGGCUCUUUUCUACUGGUUCUUUGAGGCGCAGGAUGAAUCCUCUACGAAGCCUCUCCUGCUUUGGCUUAAUGGAGGUCCUGGUUGUUCUUCCAUUGGCUAUGGAGAGGCUGAAGAGCUUGGCCCGUUCUUAAUACACAAGGGCGUGCCAGAGCUCAAAUUGAAUGAGUUUUCUUGGAACAAAGAAGCAAAUUUGCUGUUUGUGGAGUCUCCUGUAGGCGUUGGCUUCUCCUACACAAAUACAAGUUCAGAUUUGCUGCAUCUGGGAGAUGCCAUCACUGCAAAUGAUUCUUAUUCAUUUUUGGUGAACUGGUUCAAGAGGUUUCCACAAUACAAGCACUUUGAAUUCUAUAUAGCUGGAGAAAGCUAUGCUGGACAUUAUGUCCCUCAACUUGCUGAGAAAAUUUUUGAUGCUAACGAAGAAUCUAAGGAGAAUUAUAUUAAUUUCAAAGGCUUCAUGAUAGGAAAUGCUUUGAUGGACGACGAGACGGAUCAGACGGGGAUGAUUGAAUAUGCGUGGGAUCACGCCGUUAUCUCGGAUAAGGUAUACCGAGAUAUCAAGAAAACCUGCAAUUUCAGUAUAGAACACGACAACGAUUCUUGUAGUGCUGCACUGGAUAGAUAUUUCCAGGUCUACAAUAUAAUCGACAUGUACAGCUUGUAUGUUCCCAUAUGUGUUGAAAACAAUUCGACCAAAGGAUUUACCAUGAUUGAAGGCGUCGCUCCGAAGCUCUUCUCCAAAUAUAGAGAAUGGCAUCAGAAGCCUGCUGGUUAUGAUCCUUGUAUUGACAGUUACACAGAGGUAUACUUCAAUAGGCCAGAUGUGCAGGAAGCCUUGCAUGCCAAUGUCACAAAAAUAGGCUACAAUUGGACUCACUGCAGUGAUGCCAUCGAAAAAUGGAAUGAUGCACCAGCCUCGGUUCUCCCUAUCAUAAAGAAGCUCAUUAAUGGUGGCAUCAGAGUAUGGGUUUACAGUGGAGACACUGAUGGUAGGAUUCCAGUCACCGCAACAAGAUUAACCCUUCAUAAGCUUGGUUUGAACACUACGCAAGAAUGGAAGCCUUGGUACAACAGGCAGCAGGUUGGUGGUUGGACAAUCAUCUAUGAUGGUCUAACUUUUGUAACAGUUCGCGGUGCCGGGCACCAAGUACCAACAUUUGCUCCAAGGCAAGCACAGCAGCUUGUGUCACAUUUCUUGGCUGAUCAACAGUUGCCUUCAUCAGCCUUUUAGCUUUCAUUAUUUCUUUCAUUUCUUCAUAAUUUUUAUAACUGUUGGCAAGAGGUUUAAGACAAAUUUCCCAACAGCUUGUUUCCAAGAUAAACGUGCAGAUUCUAAUAAAGAAAAUUCAGAAUGGAAGAGCUCA